AUGUUGUACAACUUGUAAGUUAAUGAACAUUUAAAAUAAUAUAUUAAUGAAUUAGUAAAUUUGUAAUUUUGUAAAUUAUUAUACAUUAUAUUAGUUACAUACAUUUUAAUAAUUUUAAUGAUUGCAUAUUUUUCAGUGCACAAAUAAAAUUCGUUUUUAAAAAUAUUGACUCGUACAUACUUCAGCGUACCUAAUUUGUAUUUGAUUUUUGUGAUAAUAUAUUUUUAUUUUACUUAAAUAUGUUUAUUAGUUAAUAGUAUGAUAUUUAUGUUCUAAUAUGCCAUAUAAAAAUAACAAGGCAGAAAAAAAAAUACUCAAUUGCAUUUGUGAAGUCAAUAUUGAUGGAAAAAUGGCUUUAGUAUCUUUGUAUGAUGAUCUUCCUCAUUUUGAGUACGACCUCACAAUUGAUAAUUUGAAGAAUUCAGUUAUAAAACUGAGAUCAUUGGUUCAAGAACUGAAACAACGUAUUAAAAAAUUGGAAAAUGAAAAUACUAAUUUCCAAACUGUUAAUAAUGUAUUGUCUAAAAAUAUUACAUCACUAUAUAAAACUGCUAGCAUUGAAAUCCAAAGGAAAGAUAAAAUGAUCGAUGACCUCCGAAAAAGUCAAGUUGUACCAUCCACAUCAAAAAUGUUUUCUUCUACUAAUAAUUUUCAAAUAGAAAAAACAAAAGUCAAUACAUUGUCUGAUAGCAAGAAAAAUAUAGAGCAAAUUGAGAAUACUAUAGAAAAACCCAAAGUACUAAACCCAAAUAAUAAUGAUAAUAUUACGACCAUUGUCAUCAAGCCAAAUCAUAAUAUUCCUAAAACAAUUUAUUAUAAAAGAAUGUGUCAAAAAUUAGUUCAACAAAAUGAUACCAUUGAUUCCAAAAAACAGAUGUCACAACAGAUAGAAAAUACAAAUACUGAUGAUAAGAUAACACAAGAUAAAAAUGAAGAACUUAAUAAAGAUGAAAAUGCAUUAAAAGAAAUGUCAACUUCCCUUAUUCAUAAUGAAUCUAAAGAUAUUAUUAAUUCUACGCUAGUAAUUUGUGAAUCAGAUAUAACACCAAGUGACUGUGAACUUGAUACUACCCCAGUUAUUCAUAGUGACAAUCAGGAGAAAGAUAAAGAAAAUGUUUCCAUAGAAUCAUUUUUUUCAAAACUAAAACAACCAGCUAAAUUUAAAAAAAAAUUAAUCAUAAGUCCAGCUACUAUUGGUGUUCAAAAUACACUUAACGAAAAUUUCAAAGGUGCUAAAAAAAUAAACAGUUUAGAUUCAACAACACAAUGUGAGAUUACUAAUUCACCAGAAAAACAAAUAAUAAAAUCUUUAAAUAAAGACACUCUGACAACAUAUAGUAGAAAUAAUUUUCCAGAGUUUGAUAUAAAAACAGAGGAUAAACCUUUUACAACAGACAUACUUCAUAACCAACAAUUAUUCACUCCUGAAAGUAAUAGUCAAAUACAAUCUAUAAAUAUUAAAUUUGAACAAUUCCCUAUUAGAAGAAAAAAAAAAGUUAUAGAAAAGGAUAAUAAUACUCUGGAAUUAAUUAAUAUGAAAAAAAGUUCACAGAAAACUAUAACUUGUUUGAGUUCUUCAAUCGACAAUGAAUUUAACAAGUCAAUAGAGAAUGAUAAAUGUUUGUCUGUGAAUAAUGAAAGAAAAUAUUCAAGUCCAUCUCAACAAAAAAAUAAUCAAUCAAAAUGCAAUUUAGAUACGCUUAAGUGUACAGAUAAUAUAACAGAAUCUAUAUACUUAAAUAAUUCUUGUAGAAGUCCCUCCAAAAAUAUAUCUAUUGAAACAAGUCCCACUAAUAAAACUGUUUUAUCAUCUAUCAACAAUAUUGAAGUUAAACAAGUUCCUAUUACCAGAACAACUAAUGCAAUACAAAGGGAUAAUAAUAAUUUAAACAAAUCUAAUAAAGUUGCCCACUCAUCAUGUAUUAAAGAUAAUAAAAAUAAGUAUGACUCAAAAAUGGACAGUAAAAAACUUUCUAUGGAUACACUUCAUAACCAAAAAUUAUGUACUUAUGACAACAAAAAACAAACAUCGUCUGUCAAUAUUGAAGUUGAACAAGUUCCAUUUAUAAGAAAAACAAAAGUAUUAGAAAAUGAUAAUAAUACUUUAAACAGAUUUAAGAAAGUUACUCAGGAAUCAUGUGUUAAAGAUCAUAAAAAUAAGUAUAGCUCAAAAAAGAAUGAUAAACAACUAUCAACAGACAUACUUUGUAACCAAAAAUUAUCCACUUGUGAAAAAAUAAAUCAAAAUAAAGUGCCAUCUAUAAACAUUGAAGUUGAACAAUUCCCUAUUAGAAGAAGAAAAACAGUAAUAGAAAAAGAUAAUAAUAGUAUUGCUCUAAGCAAUGUGAGAAAACGUUCAUGUGUUCCAUAUAAGACUUCUUCAAUCGAUAAUGAAUUUCACAAGUCAACUGAGAAUGUUAAAUUGUUGUCUAUGAAUAAUGAUAGAGAACCAUUGAGUCCAUCUCAACAAAAGAUCAAUCAAUCGACAUGCAAUUUAGAUACCGUUAAGUGUGCAAAUAGUAUAACAAAAUCUGAACAGUUAAAUAAUUCUUGUAAAAAAUUCUCCAAAAAUACAUCCAUUGAAACAAGUCCCACUAAUAAAACUGUGAUACCGUCUAUCAAUAUUGAAGUUGAACAAGGGUCCAUUUUUAGACAUUCUAAUGCAAGAAAAGUAAUAAUGCGAUCAACUUCUGAUGAUAAACAAGAAACAAAGAAUGGAAGACACGUUCAGUUAAUAACUAUAAAAGAUCAUUAUUCAAAACCAAUGUCUAGUUUUAAUGGUGCUAAAAAAAUAGAAAUCGAUGUUAGCAAAAAAUUAUUUCUUACAGAAAAAGUAGUAGAAAGUAGUAGUCACUUUUAUGUACCACAAGUGAAAAAAAGAAGAGCUAUGAAUUUCAGCAGUUCUGAUUCAUAAGUCUUUAAUUUUUCAUUUCUGAUUUUAUAUUUAUAAUUCUUUUUAAUAUUAUACAACAAUUAGUAAUUAUUUAAUUUUCUAUUUUCUAUUUUCUCGUCUAUACAUAAUAUAUUUAUUUUGAUAUAUUUGUACGCAUAUUUUACGUACAUCAUGAUAACAGAUCUACUUAAAUGGUGGAAAAGAAGUUUUGAGAUAAAGAGUGUCGAACAUAAUUACUAUAGUUUAUAAUUAUUAAUACAAUUAUUUUCAUAGGAGCUCGAUUGAACAUAAAUGGUUAAGCUAUUAUUAGCUAUAUUGUUUGAUUUAGGAAUAAGAUGGAACAUACCAUGUAAAUUUAUUAAAAAUGUAGUUAACUUAAAUGCGACUAAACUUCAAAUUUAAGGUACCUGAAAUCUAUUUUUAAUAUCUGUAUAAAAGUAUAAUAUUUUAAAUUUAUUGAAUAACCAUUUAAUAUUAAUUAUUGUUUUGAUUAUUAUUAUUAUUUGUAAAUUAAACUAACAUAUUAGAUUAUUAAUUGUUCAUAUUAUAUUAAAUAAUAUAUUAUAACUGUGUUAUCUGU